AUGACUGAGGAAGUGCCGGUGGCAUCCACCAUGCCCGAGUGCAACGGGAGCGUUCCCCCGGAGAAGGGCCCACUCCAGGUCAUCGAGGAAAUGGCAGAUGCUGCCGGGACGGUUCCUUAUGUGAACGCAGAAACAAGCCCCGACCCUGCACUCGCAAAGGAAAAUCCAGAGGAAAAUGGAAAUUCAUUGGCAGAGGAUGUAACACCCGGGGAUUCUGAUGGAGAGAAGCAACAUGAAGAGAAGCAAGAGGAGAGCGAUGGGACGCUACAGCAGGGAUCAGCUGACACCCAGGACACGGGGACCGACCGCCAGGAAUCGGAGGAAG